AAAUAAUAAAAUUAUUUAUUUGUUUAUUUAUUAAUUUUAUUAUUUUAAAAAAUUAUUGUUGGCUCACAAUGUGCAUUGAAAAAGGUCGAGUUUUUGUUGUCGUCGUGUGUAUGUAAUCACUCGAGAGGGAGAGCAAUCGCAAGGGAGAAAGUUUCGUCCGUGAAGCCGUGUAUUUUUUUAUUUUUGUAUACCUAUUACAAACAUAUACUGGAUCUCUUCAAUAUCAAAUACAUAUAUAGUAUAAUUCAGUUUAUUACAACCAGUUGAAGUACACACAGAAAAAAUGGUUGUAAAUAAAUUUUUCUAUAUUUAUUAUUUGAUGAUUGUUUAAAAUUGUAUAAUUAAAAAAUAUAUAUUUGUUGAUUAUUUUAUGGUGAUAGUUUGAUAUAAUUGUGUAAUUGUGAAUUGAUCUCAUGAGGUCUAUCUCAUUUGAUAAAUUAAGGAGGCUCAUUGGACGUAAGAAGGAUCGAAAUGAGCCGUCCUUCAAACGUAGUGAGUCCUUCAAACGUAUAUCAAUAAGAAAAAGUUAUUUAGAUCGUGGAAAAAGAAGAAAUAAAGCAUUAAUUAAAACAAAUGAUAUUGUUAAUAAUAAUGAUGAUAAUGAUACAAUACAACAUGUUGAUGUACCAGUUGAAAUUGAUAAUACUAGUGAAAAUAAAAAUAUAAUAAUUGAUGAUAAAACUAAAACAUUUGAUUUGGAUAAUAAUACAAAAAAAUUAAAAAAUUCAAAUUCAUCAUUACAUACAACAAUUGCAUAUGAUGAUUGGUUAAAUGAUAUUAAUGAUACAAAAAUUAAUGAAAUACUUUAUAAUGAAGAUAAGCUAUUAUCAAAUGAUGAAGAAAAAAAUUAUGAUGAUGAUGAUGAUGAUAUUUCAUUAUCAGAAAAAACUGAAGAAUCAUUAAAUUUAUCAGAUGAUUUUGUUGCUUCAAAAUUAACAUCAAUGUCAAUAAAUUCAAAAUCAACAUUAUCUGAUAUUGAAUCAUUGACAUUAGCUGAUAAUGGACCACCAAGUGUCAGUGUUAGUCUUGGUCGUAUUUGGCUUGGUGCUGCAUUAAUGCCAUUUCCAAAAGUAUCAUCACCAUCAUCUAUAAAAUCAUCAAUAUCAACUUCAACAUCAUCAUUAACAUCAAUAACAACAACAACAUCAAUACCAUUUGAUACAUUAACAUGUACAUCAACAAAUAAAAAUAGACAUAGAUCAUUAGACAGUGCAUGGAAAGAACAAAAUAAAUCACGUUAUGAAUCAGCACAAAUAACAGUCUCUAGAACUGUUUCAGCACCAGAAAAAUCACAAAAAAAUCAUCAAUCAACAUUUAAUAGUUUAUCAACUUCAAUAUCUAAAAUUGCACAUUGUAAUAAAUCUAGUAAUAAAUUAAAUAAAACUGGAUUGUCAUUUUUUGGUAAAAAAAAAUUAUCAAAAUCAAAUAAAAAUUCAACAACAACAAUUGAUAAUUAUGAUGACAAUGAUGAUGAUGAUGAUGAUAAUAAAAAUUUAAUAAUAAUUGAUCAAGAUAAACUUGGUUUUGUAUUACCAGAAAAAAGAAAAUUAAAAAAAGCUACACAUAUUUGGCAAGAAAUUCGUUAUUUUAAAAAUAUUGAUGCAACUUUUGAUGUUGUUGUUAAUAAUGAUUCUAUGAAUAUUUCAUCAUCAUUAAAUAAUAAUAAUAAUAUAACAACAAAGUAUAAUGAAAAUAAAACGUUUUGUAAUACAAUUAAUCAGCAAAAUCAAUUGUAUAAUACAUUAGCAAGUUCAUCAACAUGUUCAAAAUCGUCAAUUGUUUCUACAACAACAACAACAACAAAUGUUUUAAAAAUAAGUGAUUUUAAUGAGGAUAAAAUAUUGUCAGAAAAACUACGUAAUAUAUUAGCACAAAGACCAAUAUGGAAACCAUCAAUAAAUAAUGAUAAAAAAUUACAAAAAAAGUAUACUAAAAAAAAUCAACAAAAUCAUAAUUAUUUAAAUGAUUAUUAUGAUAAUUUUUAUUCAAGUAGUCAAUCAAUUAAUUCAAUUUCUUCAUCAAAUAAAGAUACACAAUUAAAUUAUUAUCGUUGUCUUUCAACAAGUGGAAGUAGUGAAUCAGAUAAUGAUACAUUUUAUGAAGAAAAAAAUUUUAUAAUUCAUAAAAAAAAUAAACGUUUUAAUUUACCACCAAAACGACGUUCAUUGUCAAGAAAAAAAUCAAAAAAUAGCUAUCAACGACAACCAGUUUAUCUUGUUAGAAAAUAUUCAUUGUUAAAAAAACAACCAAGGGAUAUAACUCAGAAAGGAUAUGAAAAGAAAAAAGCACGUAUUCUUCAGCAAUAUGCUUCAAAGCAUAUCGGAGGUGGAAAUAUCAGUGGAGGUGGUACCGGUGGUAGUGCUGGUGAUAAAAGUAAUUAUGGAAGUGGUGGGGGUGGUGGUGGUGGUAUUGGUGGUGCACGUCCUCAGCCUCGUGCUCGACGUACACAAAGACGUGUUACACAUUCUGAAAAAAGAUAUCAUUCAGGAAAUAGACUAGUACCUGGAAAUACGUCUAGUCUUUUAGGACCUAGCUGUUCAGUUGGAAACACUGGUUCUAUUGCUGAAGCAGCUGCUAAACGUGGUAAUCGAAGACUCACAAGAAAUGAGAGCCGUUAUCACUCGGAAGUACGACAAGAGGCUGUACAACAGGCUCUUGCUGCAAUGCAAACAAGACCAAAACCAUCAUUACCAAUGCCAUCAAAAAGAACAUCAGUUAUGGCAAGAAGUCCAGAACGUGAACGUCAAGAAAGUGGUGAAUCAAGUAGUGAUGAAGAUAGUGUUGUUACAGAAGAAUCACCAGGUACUGGUGGACCAACUGGUACUGGUUUAUCUGAUACAAGUAGUACUGGUUCAGCUCGUGAUACACCACCACCACCAAGACCACCAGCAAGAAGGCCACCACCAGCUGAUAUAACUGAUAUUGCUGAAUAUACACCACAUGCAUAUUGUAAUAUUCAACCACCUGAUGUAACACAUACAACAACACAAUCAAGAAGGCCAGGUGCUGAUAGAGUUAAUCGUUAUCAUGUUGUUGAUGAAAAUAAUACUGGUACAACUGGACGUUGGAAAGUAUCAGCUAAAAUACAACAACUUUUAAAUACACUUAAAAGACCAAAAAAACGUCCAUUACCAGAAUUUUAUGAAGAUGAUGAUAUUGAAUUAGAAAUUGCUGCAAAUCCAAAAGAUCCAAAUGCACCAAAACCAGAAGGUGGUAUUAUGACAUCAGCAAUUGGUGAACAGUUAUCAGUACCAUCAGGUUUACCAAGAUCAUUAGAAGCAGCAAUACAAAGGUAUGGCUCAGCAACAUAUAAAGCACCAGCAGCUACAGUACUUGAUCCAAAUGGUAAAUUAUUUGUAACUUUAACAUAUGGAAAAUUAUUAAGUCGUUCAUAUAAAAUAGCAUAUACAUUAUUAAAUCGUGCAUUAACAAGAACAGUUGGUGAAUGUUGUUUAAAACCAGGUGAUAGAAUAGCACUUGUUUAUCCAAAUAAUGAUCCAAUAAGUUUUAUGUGUGCAUUUUAUGGUUGUUUACAAGCUGGUAUUGUACCAGUACCAAUUGAAGUACCAUUAACACGUAGAGAUGCUGGUUCACAACAAAUUGGUUUUCUUCUUGGUAGUUGUGGUGUACAAGUUGCAUUAACAAGUGAAGCAUGUUUAAAAGGUUUACCAAAAACAACAGCUGGUGAUGUUGUUGCAUUUAAAGGUUGGCCAAAAUUACAUUGGUUUGUAACUGAACAUCUUGGUAAAAUACCAAAAGAUUGGAUGCCACAACCACGUUUAACUGAUGAAACACCAGCAUAUAUUGAAUAUUCAACAGAUAAAGAUGGCUCAGUUAUGGGUGUUACUGUAACAAGAUCAGCAAUGUUAGCAAAUUGUCGUUCAUUAACAAUGGCAUGUGGUUAUACAGAAGGUGAAAAUGCUGUAUGUGUACUUGAUUUUAAACGUGAAGUUGGUCUUUGGCAUAGUACAUUGACAAGUAUAUUAAAUGGUAUGCAUGUUAUAUUUAUACCAUAUGCACUUAUGAAAGUUAAUCCAGCAAGUUGGAUGCAAAUGAUAACAAAACAUCGUGCAAGUGUUGCUGUUGUUAAAUCACGUGAUCUUCAUUGGGGUUUAUUAGCAACAAAAGAUCAUAAAGAUAUAUCAUUAGCAUCAUUGCGAUUAUUAUUAGUUGCUGAUGGUGCUAAUCCAUGGUCAUUAUCAUCUUGUGAUCAAUUUUUAUCAGUAUUUCAACCAAAAGGAUUACGUCCAGAUGCUGUAUGUCCAUGUGCAUCAUCAAGUGAAGCUUUAACUGUAUCAGUACGUAGACCAGGACGUGCUGGUGUUAAUGCAACUGGUCGUGGUGUAUUAUCAAUGUCUGGUUUAAGUUAUGGUGUUGUACGUGUUGAUCAAGAAAAUUCAUUAACAUCAUUAACAUUACAAGAUUGUGGACAAGUUAUGCCUGGUAGUGUUGUUGUUGUUGUUAAAAUGGAAGGACAACCAUUAAUUUGUAAAACUGAUGAAGUUGGUGAAAUAUGUGUUAAUAGUACAGCAACUGGUAGUCAAUAUUGGGGAUUACAGGGUUUAACAAAUAAUACAUUUAAAGUUAUACCACAACAAUCUGAUGGUACACCAAUUGCUGGUACUGGUGAUACUGAAUAUGUUAGAUCUGGUCUAUUAGGAUUUCUUGGACCUGGUAAUUUAAUAUUUGUAUGUGGCUCAAGAGAUGGACUAAUGACUGUUACUGGAAGAAAACAUAAUGCUGAUGAUAUUAUUGCUACUGUAUUGGCUGUUGAACCAAUGAAAUUUAUUUAUCGUGGAAGAAUUGCUGUAUUUAGUGUUAGAGUUUUGAGAGAUGAAAGAAUUUGUGUUGUUGCUGAGCAACGACCAGAUUGUAGUGAAGAAGAGAGUUUUCAAUGGAUGUCUCGUGUUUUACAAGCAGUUGAUUCAAUUCAUGCUGUUGGAAUAUAUUGUCUUGCUUUGGUACCACCAAAUUAUUUACCAAAGACUCCUUUGGGUGGUAUACAUCUUUCAGAAACAAAAAGACGUUUUCUUGAGGGUGCACUACAUCCAGCAAAUGUUUUACUUUGUCCACAUACAUGUGUCACAAAUUUGCCAAAACCACGUGAAAUUCAUUCUGCGGGGGAUUCUGUUUCAGAUGUUGGACCAGCAAGUGUAAUGGUUGGAAAUAUUGUCCAGGGUAAUCGUCUAGCAUCAGCACAAGGCAGAGAUUUAGGUGUUCUUGAUGAGGACAGUGAUAAUGCCAAGAAGUAUCAAUUUAUAUCGGAAAUAUUAAGAUGGCGAGCUAUGAGUACGUCAGAUCAUGUUAUAUUUACGCUGUUAAAUGCAAAAGGAGUAGUAACAACAUCCCUAUCAUGCUCUCAAUUACAUAAAAAAGCUGAAAAAAUUGGAAAUUUACUUCUUGAUAAAGGAAGAAUAAAUACUGGUGAUCAUGUUGCAUUAUUAUUUCCACCUGGUACUGAUUUAAUAUGUGCAUUUUAUGGUUGUCUUUAUGUUGGUGCUGUACCAGUUACAAUACGUCCACCACAUCCACAAAAUUUACAAACAACACUACCAACAGUUAGAAUGAUUGUUGAUGUUAGUAAAUCUGUUCUUGUAUUGACAAAUCAAAAUAUGGUUAGAUUAUUAAAAAGUAAAGAAGCAAAUAAUGUUGUUGAAAUAAAAAGUUGGCCAACAAUACUUGAUAUGGAUGAUAUGCCAAAAAAAAAAUUACCAGUUAUGUAUCGUGCACCAACAGCUGAAAUGCUUGCAUAUCUUGAUUUUAGUGUAUCAACAACUGGUAUGUUAGCUGGUAUUAAAAUGUCACAUGCUGCUGUAACAUCAUUAUGUCGUGCAAUGAAAUUAGCAUGUGAAUUAUAUCCAUCAAGACAUAUUGCUUUAUGUCUUGAUCCUUAUUCUGGUCUUGGUUUUGCAUUAUGGUGUUUAAGUAGUAUUUACAGUGGUCAUCAUUCAAUAUUAAUACCACCAUCUGAAGUUGAAGCAAAUCCAGCAUUAUGGUUAUCAGCUGUUAGUCAAUCACGUGUACGUGAUACAUUUUGUUCAUAUGGUGUUAUGGAAUUAUGUACAAAAGGACUUGGUUCAUCAGUACAUACAUUAAAAACACGUGGUGUUAGUUUAGCAUGUGUACGUACAUGUGUUGUUGUUGCUGAAGAAAGACCAAGAAUAGCAUUAACAACAAGUUUUAGUAAAUUAUUUUCAGCACUUGGUUUAAGUCCACGUGCUGUAUCAACAUCAUUUGGUUGUCGUGUUAAUACAGCAAUAUGUUUACAAGGUGCAUCAAGCCCUGAGCCAUCAACUGUUUAUGUUGAUUUACGUGCAUUAAGAAAUGAUCGUGUUUCAUUAGUUGAAAGAGGUAGUCCACAUUCAUUAUGUUUAAUGGAAUCUGGUAAAUUAUUACCUGGUGUUAAAGUUAUCAUAGCUAAUCCAGAAACAAAAGGACAAUGUGGUGAUUCACAUUUAGGUGAAAUAUGGGUACAAUCAUCACAUAAUGCAAGUGGUUAUUUUACAAUAUACGGUGAUGAAAGUGAUUAUGCUGAUCAUUUUAAUGCAAGACUUGUUACUGGUAAUACUGGUGAAGUUUAUGCUAGAACUGGUUAUCUUGGAUUUUUAAGACGUACUGAAUGUGUACAACAAUCAGCUGUUGGUGGUGAUCAACUGAUACCUGGUGCACCACCAAUAACAACUGAUAAUAUAUCAAUAUCUGAUCUUGAUAUAUCAGCACCAGGUGAUGCUGAAUUACAUGAUGCUGUAUUUGUUGUUGGAGCACUUGAUGAAGCUAUUUUAUUAAGAGGCAUGAAAUAUCAUCCAAUUGACAUUGAAAAUAGUGUCAUGAGAUGUCAUAAAAAAAUUGCUGAAUGUGCUGUAUUUACGUGGACCAAUUUACUUGUUGUCGUUGUUGAAUUAAAUGGAAGUGAAAGUGAAGCAUUGGAUCUUGUUGCACUUGUAACAAGUGCUGUUCUUGAAGAACAUCAUCUUGUUGUUGGUGUUGUUGUUGUUGUUGAUCCAGGUGUUGUACCAAUUAAUUCACGAGGUGAAAAACAACGUCAACAUUUACGUGAUGGUUUUCUUGCUGAUCAAUUAGAUCCAAUCUACGUGGCAUAUAAUAUGUGAGCACACAAUAAUUAUGCACAAAUUUUUUUUUAUUAUUUUGACAAUUUAUAUUAUUAUUUUAUCAUUAUUGACUUUAAAUUUAUUAUCAAUUCAUGACGAUCAUUAUAUAAACAAAACAAGAUUUCUUUUUUUUUUUUUUUUACUAUUACGACAAAUUGUGAUGCUUCUCGUCGAUGCCAAAACCACAAUGCUCAUGUUUUAUAUGAUAUACAAAAAAAAAAUAAAAAAAUAACAUCAACGUGUGUACAAGGCAGCUAUUUUUAAAUAAUUAUUUUCCAGCUCCAAUUUAUUGGAGCAGACUGAGGGAUCGACUGAAUAAUAAAACUUUAAAAAAUAUAAUUCAAUACAAUUGCUAAUUCAAAUAGAUAAGCAAACUUGUAAAUUUUAAAUCUUAAAAAGAUAAAAAAUAUAAAAUUAAAAGCUUUUUUUUUUUGUCAACAGUCGAUCAAAAAUUGAAAUACGUUAUUUUUACGUAAAUUUAAUAUUAUGCUAGUGGUAAUAGAUAAUAAGAAUUAAAUGCUCUUUGUAAACAAAAUAAAAAAAAAAGAAAAAAAAAAAAGGGCAAUAACGUAUAGUCUUGUUGUUAAACAGAGACUCAUCUAGCUCACUUUUCCAUAGCAUAAAAUUAAUUAUUAUUUUAUCUCAUAUGAUCAUCAAUCAUUAAUAAUUAAUUUUGUUUUUUUUUUUAUUUAAAUGUUACACAAAUUCAAGCUCAAAAAACAAAUUGUCAAAAUACCACGCAUAGGUUGUCAUUUAAUUAAUUAAUAUUCCGACUUUUAUUUUAAGAUUUAUUUGUCAUCAAC